ACCCGAGAGCAAAGAAGUUUGGUGCUUGCGCUCCACGAGUGGAAAAAUAGGGAUCUUUGUGUCUUCCCCCAGUAGUAUCCAGCCUCGGCAGCAGGAAUCAGCUAUGCCGUUCGGAAAUACCCACAACGCGCUAAAGAUGAAGUUCACGUCUAGUGAGGAGUACCCAGAUCUCAGCAAGCACAACAAUCAUAUGGCCAAGGUCUUGACACCUGCCAUCUACGAGCGUCUGAGAAGCAAACAAACACCCAGUGGAUUUACGUUGGAUGAUGUCAUUCAAACCGGGGUUGAUAACCCAGGUCACCCAUUUAUCAUGACUGUGGGAUGUGUGGCUGGAGACGAGGAGACAUACGAGGUCUUUAAGGAGCUGCUGGAUCCCAUCAUUAUGGAUCGACAUGGAGGAUACAAGCCAACAGACAAGCACAAGACUGACCUCAACCCAGCCAACCUGAAGGGUGGAGAUGACCUAGACCCCAACUAUGUCCUAAGCUCUCGUGUGCGAACAGGCAGGAGCAUCCGUGGUUUCUGCUUGCCCCCACACUGCAGCCGUGGAGAGCGACGGGCCGUUGAGAAAAUGUCUGUCGAAGCUCUGGAUUCUCUGUCUGGUGACUUGAAGGGGAAGUACUACGCCCUGAAGAACAUGACAGAUGCUGAGCAGCAGCAGCUGAUUGAUGACCACUUCCUGUUUGACAAGCCUGUGUCUCCUCUUUUGCUGGCCUCUGGCAUGGCCCGGGACUGGCCUGAUGGCAGGGGGAUCUGGCACAACGACACCAAGACCUUCCUAGUCUGGGUCAACGAAGAGGACCACCUGCGUGUCAUCUCCAUGCAGAAGGGUGGGAACAUGAAGGAGGUGUUCAACCGUUUCUGCACUGGCCUCAAAAAGAUUGAAACCUUGUUCAAAGAGAAGGGCACUUCAUUCAUGUGGAAUGAGCACUUGGGCUAUGUGCUCACCUGCCCUUCGAACUUGGGCACAGGGCUGCGUGCUGGAGUCCACGUCAAGAUCCCUAACAUGAGCAAACAUGCCAAAUUUGAGGAGGUGCUCAAGAGGCUAAGGCUCCAGAAACGUGGAACAGGUGGAGUGGACACUGCAGCUGUCGGUGGCACCUUUGAUAUCUCCAAUGCUGACCGUCUGGGCUUCUCAGAAGUGGAACUGGUGCAGAUGGUUGUGGAUGGAGUCAAACUGCUGAUUGAGAUGGAGAAGAAGCUGGAGAAAGGACAAUCUAUUGAUGACCUCAUGCCCGCUCAGAAGUGAGAACUUCUGAUUGCUUCCCCCUGUUCCCUUGCCCCAUUGUCAUCUGAAUGAAUGUGACACUAUCCUGGAUUGCACUCUUUAUUAAAGAGCACUUACACUCACACAAGGUCCCCUCAUUGUGAGUGUGGAUCCGAAAACAUGAAAAUAAAAACAUUUCAAUG